AUGUUUUUAGUUAAGCGGCACGGCUACUUAGAUUUAGAAAUGGAACAAGAACAAAAUACAAAAGACGAUAAUGAUGAGAAUGAACGCGCCGUUCAACACAACAGUUGGUGGGAAACUUUUUGCUUACGAUGUCAUCAAGAGGAUUCAUCACCUUCAUGGCAGCCGUCGUGGUGGUCAAAAUAUUUCCCGUAUCCAGUGUUUCCAACGUACAGACAGUCAGCGCAACAAAUUUGCAUCAUUAUAUUCUUUUUUCUCGUAUGGGGUAUCCUGUAUGCAGAACUUGAAGAGGCAAUCGGCUUACAAGGAGAACUACUUAGUAUGACACUUCUAGUCAUAGCCGCUUACUUAGUUGGGUGGAUUUGGCUCAAAGUUACCACACUGCCUGCGCUCAUAGGCAUGUUACUUACAGGAAUACUGUUCCAGAAUUUAAAACUAGUCCACAUGACAGACGAGUAUAAAAAACUCAACCAAGAUUUAAGGAAAGUAGCAUUAGUUAUCAUUUUAACUCGAGCUGGCCUUGGACUCAAUGCUGGGGUUUUAAAAAAGCACUACGCAGCCGUCCUACAACUCGGUCUAUUACCGUGGCUCGUAGAAUGUAUACUAAUAGCCGUUAGUACUCACUACCUUCUGUACUUGCCAUGGAUUUGGGGAUUCCUCCUUGGCUCAAUGAUAGCCUCGGUUUCACCAGCAGUCGUUGUCCCCUGUUUGUUCAAGCUUCGUGAUGUUGGCUACGGAGUUGCCAAGGGUAUCCCAACAAUUGUUCUUGCUGCAGCUGCAAUAGAUGACUCCAUUAGUGUUGCUAUAUUCGCUAUUAUUUUAAACGCUAUGUUCUCAACGGGUUCGGCGACAUUUAAUAUAAUUAAGGGUCCUCUAUCAAUCAUCGUCGGAAUACUUCUCGGAUCACUGUGGGGGGCUUUCAUUGCCUUGCUACCUGAGAAAGGAGAUACUUAUGUAGUACCUUUACGGUUCCUGGCCUUAUUUCUUGGCGGACUAUUUUCAUAUUUCAUAUCAAGCAUGAUUGGAUGGAGCGGUACAGGACCUCUAGCUAUCGUAUCAUCAGGAUUUGUAGCUGCAUUCUUUUGGGAACAGCAAGGCUGGCCAAUAAAUAAUAAUCCAGUGAGCAACAUCUUCCGAAUUUUGUGGAUUUUCUUCGAGCCUAUAUUGUUUGCAUUUACUGGAGCACAAGUUACGAUAAGUGCUUUAGACCCUGAGGUUUUAAAAAUGGGAGCCAUUUGUCUUUUAUCGUGUUUAGCCCUUCGUGCCGUUGCUACUUAUUUCGUUAGCUUCGGUUGCGGUCUCAACAGUAAGGAAAAACUCUUUAUUGGUCUUACGUGGAUGGCAAAGGCUACAGUACAGGCGGCAUUAGGGCCAGCUGCUUUAGAUAUGGUACGCAAUGGUCAAACGACCGGAAUUGCCCGAGAAUUGGAAGAAUCUUACGCCAAAGCACUUUUGACAAUAAGUGUACUCAGCGUAGUCAUAUCAGCUCCAUUAGGAGCAUUAAUGAUAGCUAUAACAGGACCAAGACUCCUUGCGAAAUCCGAUUCUAAUACAAAGCAAACUGACGAGCCAGAAAAUGGAGGCAGUGUUACCCACAUAUAA